AUGUCAUCCGCGUCUUCGUCUUUGGUCUCCUUGUCUUCCUCGACGACCACAACCACCACCAUCUCAUCGACGCCUUCUCCUCGCGGAUCAGCAACACCUUCUUCAUCAUCAUCUACUGGAUCCUCGAAUAAUAGUUCCAUUCAUGGAAUGAAUCCUUCAAAUAUUUCCACACUUCUUUUAGAUUUCAAAUUACGACUCGAGAAUAUCGAUGAACCUCCGACGUUUAUUGAAUGUUCUCGAAUGGAUCAUCAUUUGGAACAACAACAACAACAACAACUGAACGAUUCCUUCAAUUCUUCCAAUUCUUCUUCCUUGUUGAAUCAUCAAAAUCCUUCUUUUUCCAAUUCUUUCAAUUCAUCAUCAUCAGUAUUAUUAUUAUCAUCAUCCAACCACAAACCAAAUUCCAAAUUGAAUUCUUUUUCUUCAUCUCCUUCUUACAAUCAUCAUUCCAAAAUUAAUGAAUCCAUUCACUUGUCAUCAAAUUCACGACAUUCUCUUCUUUCCUCUUCGUUACGAUCGUCGAUGUCAUCACCAGCAAAAUCUGGUCCAACAGAUGCUGUUUUUUCUCUCAUCAAUUAUUCAUCGCCGUUUAUGGGAAUUGACAAUCAAAAGAGAGGAAUUUAUGCACAAGAAAUUUUAGAUCAAAUCAAUGAAUGGAAUCAACAACAACAACACGAAGUCACUCCAAUAGUGUCAACUUCAAUCUUAUCCUUUAAUUCCAAUACAUUGGGAACAACUCUGAAUAUGUCAGCAUCGAAUUCAGAAUCUCCUUUGAAAGCUCUCGUUUUUGGUUAUGCCACAUUGAUGGUAUGCUCCACUAAAAACUUGUCAAGUCAAUCUGGACAUGUCAUUCAUUUACUCAAUAAGGCAGAAUACAAGUUGAGAAAUGCAAUUACAUGUUGUGAAUUGAGUCGAGAAUAUUCACUGGAUUUAAUGUUAAAAUCAGAUUUACAUUUAUUAUUGGCAAGAAUUUUAUAUGAAUUGUCAUUUCCAAGAUUGGAUGAAUUGGAAAGAGAAAGUUCUCAAAUGUCUUCCAAUAUGUCAAAUAAUGGUGGUAGUAGUAGCAAUGUUGGAAUGAACAGUCCAUUACAAAAUAAUGCUGCUUCUUCCAUUUCUCCACCAAUUAAGAUUACUGAUUCACAAGUUGUGACAGGAAAUAACAUGUCUCCAAGUGAACCACUUUCAGCUCCAAAUCUUACCAUUGGUACUGGAUAUUCCUUAGGUUCAUUGGACAAUGUAAUGGCAGUUUCUUUAGAUUCUCCAGUUCGGGCAAGUUUUUCAUCGAAAUGUUCAAGUCCAAGUCCCAGAGGAGGAAUGACUUCUCCAACAAGUUCUUCACAAAAAGCAGCUCAACAAGCUCAACAACAAAUUGAAAACAUGUUUCAAGAUAUUUGUCUUCACAUGGAUUCUGCUAUUAAGCUGUUUGAAAAGUCCACACAAAAACCAAAAAAGAAAACACCUGUGGUUGAUGAGAAGGAGAAUGAACCUGUCGUGGUAGAUAUUUCACAAGAAUCAAAAAGAGCUUACAUGUACAUGUAUUUUGGAGAUGUUCUCACUCAGUGGUCUGUCCGACGAAAACAACGUUGGGCAGCUCUCUGUUCACAAGCUCAAGAAAAGUAUAAUACAUGUAUCAAGAUUUGUAUAGAAAAGAUUUUAUCAACCAUUGACAAGGACAAAGAUGAUGUUUGUUGUAUUAAUUCCAAAUUUGUAAGAUGUGACCAAGAUGGAAGAAAUGGAUCAUUCAUUAAUUAUGUCUAUUGCCCUCUUCAUCACCAAUGUCUCUACAAAUAUGCAGUUUUGUUAUUAUACUGGGUGAGAAGAAAACGAGAACAUUCAACGAUCUAUUCUGGUGAAAAUAGCUCAUCCAGUGACACUAUGUUAUCCAAUUUUGAUUACGAAUCCACAUUGACAGCAGUGAACUCUGUUGGAACCUUAACUUUAAAUUAUUCCGAGUUUCAAAAAUUAGAAUCACGUUUAAAUGCAGAACAGAACAAGGCAAUACCAAGACAUGCUCAAUCUAUUUUACAAAAUAAUGUUGCGAGUGAAAGUGAAAAGCUCUGUAAAGGAUGUGUCUCCCUCUGGGAAAGUGUAUGCAAUGUGGAAAUGAGAAAAGCUGAAAUAUUUUGUGUGGAACAUAAUGUGAAUCCUCAUUUAUUUUUCAGACUUUCAAAUUCUAUUUAUGAAUAUGCUUUAUUACUGAUUCCUUCCGCCUCAAUUUUAGCUUGCAAUGAUUAUCUGUCCAUGUAUGAUAAUAUUGAUGGAGAGCCAAUGAGAAAUUGCUCUCGAUCAGAGAUUUUAACAAGCGGACUCUCUUGGCAUGAUUUAUUAUUUAAACACAGAAUGCUUGAUGAUAAGAAAGAACUCUUGCGAGAAAAUAAUAGAAAAAUUCUCUCAGAUCAAACCUCAAAGACAGUGGUUCUUGAUGAAAAUAACAAAGAUGAUCUUCGUCUGAGAUAUAGUUUGAUUUAUUCAGACAAAAUCGGUGAUAUUAAUAUUCGAACCAUACUAACACGAGAGUCACUCAUGGAAAAGGCAAUAGAAGCGAUUGACAAGGCCUGUUCUAUCAUGGUUAAUCCAAAUACUGACAUGCUCAUGUUCCAAAGUCAAUUAUAUUUUGAAAUGGGAGCUUUAAAAACAACCAAUAUCACAUCAUCGAGUGAAUCUCACAUUGUAAAUACUUUAAAAAACCAUGAAAAGAAGAAGCAACAAAAAUCUGAAGCCGAAACACUUAAUGAAUCCAUGCAAGCAGAAAAUAGAGUUCGACUCUUGAAAGAAGUUGAUGAUUUAUUCACAUCAUCGAUCGUGGCACUCAACAAGGUACUUGAAGCUAAACCAUUCCACAUGGUUGCAAUGGCCAUUCUAGGUGAAGUUUACUUCUUCUGGGCAAGAGCCAAGUUCGGAAAAGAGUCAGACAAGCACAUCCAAAAUGCAAUUGAAAUUUGGAGUCGUUUACUGACCUACUCUCAAUACACAGGUCAAUAUAACUUGUCGUUGGAUCACAUCUCAAAAAUGAUUUCCUUCGCCUUAGAAAUUAGAAAAGGAAUUAUUAUUUGUGAUGGAAUGGCAUUGAAACAAGGAAAAUUACGCAAAAGUUGGACCGAACGAUACUUCCUGUUAACGAUUGAACAUUUUGGUUAUUACGAAAUUAAAUCCAACAAGAGCUUGAAAAAGAAAAAGAUGAAAAAUACUGUGCCUACCGAUGAAAUUGAAUAUGUGAAACAAAAUCUUGAAGAAAAGUUCACCAGUAACAAAGACUAUCCAUUUUGCUUGGAAGUGGUUUGCAAGAAACGAGUUUUCUAUAUUUGUUACAGUUCACAAAAGAAUUAG